UUCUCAAAAAAACCCUAUGUGGUAAUAAAUAAUAUUAUUCUCAUUUACAGAUGAAAAAGCUGAGGCACUGAAAGAGAUUAAAUUUGACUAAGAUUUUACAAGUAGAAAGUGGCAGAGCUGGUGUUCGAAUCAGGCAGUUUUGAUACUAGAAUCCAUGUCCUUAUCCACAAUGCCUGAAACAUAAUUCUGACCUUGGCAAUCAAGACAAAAGGGGAUCACCCACAUUUCACUGUGUAAGUAUGAAUUGUCUUGUGGUGGCAAUUUUGACCCUAAAUUCAGGGAGAAGGCUGUUAGGCAUGUGAGGCAUGGGAGUUCUUUGUUCUGUGAUGCAGUGAUGACAUCAGGAUAAACUGCCACUAGGUGGAGGAAGAUGGACUGGCUGCUAGGGGGCAUCCUUAGGGCGGAGGCUGUCAAGGGGCUUCUCUGGAGCCAGCUGACCCACACCCUGGCCUGCAGACACUGUGGCAGCAGCUGCCUCCAGAGUACAGGGAAUUUAGUGACACUAUUCCUGUUCGUGAUUUGGCAGAUCCGGAGGUGGUGGCAGCUUGGGAGCUUGAGACAUCUUUGGCUCUGGCACUCUGGGGACAUGAAGCAAGGCAAGGGCCUACUACUUCUGUACCGUGUGGCUUUCCUUUGUCAUCUGUGGAGGCAGAAGUCAGAGGAAGAGGAAGAAGAAGAGGGAGAAGAGGAAAAAGAAGAGGUGAUAUUCCUGGAUCCAUUGAAGCCAUGUUCUCUUCCCAAAGAAGUUCCUAUUGAAAAGCAAGCUACCACAGCCCCACCCCAACCAUCCUGUGAUUCUGAGAGCCAACACAAGAUCAUAGGGACACCAGAGCUAGUACUCAUGCAGACCCCAAGCCCUUCCAGAUCAUUCCCCACCUUUCAGAUCCUGACCAACUUGCCCGUGAGGCGUAAGGCAGCAUCAGGGAGUCGUCUACAGCAGAGAAAAAGCCAGCUCUUCUGGGGACUCCCUUCUCUGCACAGUGAGUCCUUAGAGGCCAUCAUCCUGAGCUCAGGUGGCCCCUUUCCCCUGAAGUUACCUGUUGGUCCUUCUGUCUGGUUCAACAAGCUUUCCUUCCUGCAUAGGUCCAACCUGCUGUCUUCCCAAUAUUGCUCCCCAACCCCACUUCCUAUCCAUAAAGUGCACACUACAAAAGACCUGGAAGAGUUGGCCCCCGAUCCUCAGCAACUUCCCCCUCCAUCUUCCCCUUCUGUUCUACCACCACCCCUCCGUUUUGAGUCCUUUCCCAUAGACCAUACAGGAUUCCAUUCUGGUGUUCAGGCACCUACACAGUGGCUUAUGUGGCAGAGAGCGGUUCCUUGGGUCUCUGAGGAUCAAGCCCUGCAUCCACAUCCUGAACUCCAAAGAACAAGACCCUCCAAGUUUUUCCCCUCAUCUGAGCUGUGGUGGGGGAUGCCAUGGGAUCCUGGCCUCCCACAACACAUUCCAGAUUUACUCUCUGCCUCUCUGCUGUAUCCCUCUAACCUUCUGGGAGUCCUGACUAGGUUCGAGUCCCCGCGGAGAACCAUGGUGCAAAAUGAGGACUCCAAAGCCUCUGAGCCAGCAGUGCCAGUUCCCAGCCCAACCCCAGCCUCUCUGCCAGAACUCCAGGGGGUUAGCCCUAGAGGAGGCCUGUAUGGAUCUGAUGACCUCCGGAAAACCACAAGGCAAAGAGAGAAUCCGCAGAUCUCUGAGCCUCCAGUCCUGGUCCCUUACCAAUCUGCAGCUCCCAUAACAGAGCCUCAAGAAACUAGACCCCUGGGAGUUCCACCUGGAUGUGAGACUCAGUGGAGAACCACUGGACAUAGAAAGAGUCUGAAAGCCUCUGAGCCCCCAAUGCCAGCCUCUUACCAAGCCCCGGAUUCUUUGUCAAAAUCCCAGAAAGUCAGCUCUGAAGGAGAACCUUCUAUACCUAAGGACUUCUUGGGAACCAUGGGGCACAAACAGAAGCCUCAGGCCUCUGGGUCUCCAAUGCCAGCCCCCUGUCCUCCCUCAGACUCCCUGCCAGAACUCCAGAGAGGCGGUCCUCUGGGAGAUCCGCCUGGAUACAAGUGCCUCUGGGAAUGCAGAGAAAACUCAGAAAACCCACAGGCCUUUGAGCCCCCAGCCUUGUACCUCAAUCCAGGGUUCUAUGGAAUCAGCCCUAAAUGUGUCCCAUCAAGAUCUGAGACUCUAAGGAAAGGCACACAAAAUAGAGAAAAUCUUAGGGUCUCUGCAGGCUCAAUUUUACCUGCCAGUCUUCCCUCAGCCUGUCUGAUAGAGUCUCUAGGAAUGGCACCCCAGGGAGUCCUGUCUAAGCCCAAGGCUUUGUGGGAGACCACAGGGCGAAUAGAGAACCUCUGGACCUCUGAGUCUAUAGCCCCUGACUAUGGUCAGUCUCUAGCUCCCAUUCCUGAGCCUCACAGAAUCAGUUCUGUGGGAAGCCCCAUUAGAUCAGAAACUGCAUGGAAGGUCACUGAACAUCCCAGGAAUUCCUGGGCUUCUGAGCCCCCAUCUCUGGCCCUCGGCCCAUAUCCAGCUCUCACACUAGAACCCCUCAGAGUUAGCCCCAUGGGGGUCCUGUCUGAUUCUGAGGCUAGCUAUGGGGAAUCACAAAGGAGAAAGAACUCCUGGUCCUCUGAGCUCCCAGCCCCCAGCUUACCCCAACAGCCACAUGGAGCUAGACCCUUGGGAGUCUUUCCUGACUCUGAACCUGUUGAGGGGUACAUGAAGCAGAAAAUCUGUUGUGCUGCUCCUGUGCCUCCAUUCCGGGGCCCCAGCCCACCUCCAAAUUCUAUGUCAAAGUCUCACUCAAGUGAGCCUAUUGGAGGCCAAGGCAACUGUAAGAUUGAGGAGGAGGCAGUGGAGCAGAGAGAGAACAGCUGGGCCACUGAGCUCCCAGCCCCAACUCCUAACACACUCUCUGCUCAAGUACCAGAUCCACACAUGGCCCUUAAGUUUGUGAGGAGGAAUGUGCGACAAAGAGAGAUCCCCCAGGGUCCCAGCCCUCCAGCAGCAGAUCCCCUGCAGCCAAUACCCUGGCCUCCCACCCUAGCUGAAGCUCUGAAGACUGAGCCCAACCAGCCUGGCCCACCCAAAGAAGAGCUGUUCCCAGGAGUUAAGGGAGAGGUCCCACCCUCCCAGGGAGAGGCUGUCCCAAAGGCAUCCAUGCACUCUGGGAUCCAGGUCUGGCACUGGAGUAGAGAAUUAGAACUCGGGCUGAAGAAAUUGCAGCUGAGCCCUGCUUCCAGAUCCCCUGGCCCGAGUCAAUCAUUUGUCAGCUCCUCUGCCCUGAGCUCCACAACUCCAGGCACUUGGAGACUCUCUUCCCACCCCUCACGACAGACUCAUCACCCCAACCUGUGUCCCUACUCUUCAAGCUGUCAUCCCCCAAAAGCAGAAAGCACAGUAACUCAGCCUGUCCACUGUUAUCACUCCCACUCCUUUUCCCAUCCUCAGCCACAUGGGUCUGGUAGGGCAAAACAAAGGUCUCAGAGGGAGGAAAGAGUGAGGGCAAAGAUGGUGGCCCAGAUCUCACCUCAGGGACCACAUGUUCACACGGAGGCUAAUGAAAACUGCCCAGGCUUGAGAGAGGCCUUAUACCCUGAGGUUCUAGUCUCAGGUAAUAGGCAAGACAAAGCUUCAGCACAAUUUUCAGCCAGAGAGACAGACAGACCCAGGAAAUCCAAAGCAGGAGACCACAGAGGAGGGGAUGCAAGAUUGGGGUCAUCCACAGUCAUGGGGAAGAGCCACCCAGUCCAGGCUGGAAGACCAGUGGAGGCCCCUGUAAACCGACUUUUCCAAAGGAACCAGAGCUCUCUCCACACUGCUCUUCCCCGGCAGCUUUACUCCAUGCCUACAGGUCCCCAAGAUAAGCGAGAGGCAGAACUGAGAGCUGGUUAUAUCCUGAUCCCUCAUCACUGUAUGUACUGCCCCUGGGCCCACAUGGAGAAACACUUCUCUUCCCCUACACCUCAGGCUCCCCUUACCAGGGGUCUUCGAAAGGUGCUAGCCAAGUGUCUAAGUAGCCGUGGGCCAGGCCCACCAAAUCCAGUCAGCACGAGGAACAGCUGGUAGUACUGGCACCUGAGGGCUGGAGAAGCAAGCAGAGGAAACCCUAAUAAACUAGCUGAACUAGACAAAUCCCACUCGUGUCUUCUUUGGAGCCUGGCGUACUGAGAAUGUCAGUUCCCUAUUAACUUCUGCAGCAGCUAUAUUCCCUCAGAAUCAGGCAGGUCCCUAAAGAGCUCAGGAUUCUGCAGGCUUGAAUUUCUUUUCAAGCCCUUCACAGAUGAUCCAUCUUGGGUCCACACAUUCCUUUCUACAGGUGAGGCUGAAAGGCCACAGGAGCACAGUCCAGUGCUGCCCUUGAGAAAAACUUCACAGCAAGUGAACAGAAGAAAAAUACAUCUAUUUACAUGAGCACAAUCAGUCUGGGUCUAGGCAGACCCAGUGUAUGCCUGGGUAUGGUCCCCUUCUUUACCCACUUGACCCACAAGUUCUUCACAUAUCUUGCUGUUUCUUCUCAGCCCUCUGCUCUUUCCUCUCCCUCGGUCAGCUCAGCAACUAUUUAUUCCCAAGGCUACAGAAACAAGUGCCUUUCCAUGUUUAGUGGCCAUCUGGACUUCUUCUAGAUUUGCCUGUUCAUACCUUUACCCCCUAUUUGUUGGAUAUUGUAUUAGUUUUCUACUACUGCCAUAUAACAAAUUACCACAAAAUAACAAAUUUACUUUGUCAGAAAAAUAAAAUCAAGAGGUUGACAGGACUGCAUUCUUUUCUGUAAGCACAGGGUAGGGGUCAUUCUUUGUCCUUCCUGCCUUCUAGAGGCUGCCCACAUUCCUCGGCUGCUAGCCCUCUUACUCCAUCUUCAAAGUUAGAAAAGUCUUCCCUCUUCCACUUUUAAAAACACUUGCACCCUUCGCUGGUGUGACUCAGUGGAUUGAGUGAUGGCCUGUGAACCAAAUCACAGUUUCAAGUCCCAGUCAGGGCACAUGCCUGGGUUGCAGGCCAGGUUCCCCACUGGGGGGCGUGUGAGAGGCAACCAAUUCAUGUGAUCUCUUGCACAAUGAUGCUUCACUCUCUUUCUCCCUCUUUUUCCCCUCUCUAAAAAGUAAAU